ACUCAACAGAGUUGAUCGACCAGCACCAGAGCUGUCAGUGCAAGCAAGACUUUUAUUUCUUUUCAAUAUUCCCCUUUUGUGUUAAAUUACAUUUUGGUGCUUAGUGGAUGUGCUAAGUGUUUUCAGCCGCCUUUUGUUUUUGUUAGGUGCUAAAUAAUACAAGAACUUCAGAAUGCCGGCAGCAGUGCCCCCCGCCGAAAAUGGCGCGCCGCGCAGCGAACUCGAGCAGCUGCAAAUGCGGGCCGGUCAAGUUACCGAUGAGUCACUGGAGUCCACACGGCGUAUGAUGCAGCUAUGCGAGGAGAGUCACGAGGUGGGCAUGAAAACCCUGGUCAUGCUGGAUGAACAGGGCGAACAAUUGGACAGAAUCGAAGAGGGAAUGGAUCAGAUCAACGCGGACAUGCGUGAAGCCGAAAAAAAUCUCUCAGGAAUGGAAAAAUGUUGCGGCAUCUGUGUCCUGCCAUGCAAUAAGGGAGCAUCAUUCAAGGAAGACGAUGGCACGUGGAAAGGAAACGAUGAUGGAAAAGUGGUGAACAACCAACCACAACGAGUAAUGGACGAGCGCAACGGUAUAGGACCACAAGCUGGAUACAUAGGAAGGAUAACGAAUGAUGCCCGCGAAGACGAGAUGGAAGAGAACAUGGGCCAAGUGAACACUAUGAUUGGUAAUCUGCGUAAUAUGGCACUCGACAUGGGAUCCGAACUUGAAAACCAAAACCGUCAGAUCGAUCGCAUCAAUCGCAAGGGUGAGAGCAACGAAACCCGCAUAGCAGUCGCUAACCAGCGAGCGAACAAACUUCUCAAGUCUUAAACAUCGAAAUUAAAAAUAUUUUUUCAAAAAAUGACGCUACCAUACACAAUAUUCGUUAUAUAUGUUUCAUAUAUCUGUUAUUAAUAUUACCUGUGUUAAUAAACUGGUUCUUGGUACAAAAUGUUUCAUCCUGUAUACCACUUUACCUAAAGAAAGCGUAUAAUAGACUUCAGCAUUGCUUUUAUUCAAAUAACUAUCUUAGUAUAACAAGAUUACUCUGUAGUAAUGCUAAAAAGUAUACACUAUCGAGUGUCUCUUAAAAUACUUAUUUUAUUUCAUUAGAAAAUCAAUAGCCUGUUUAAAGUCUUAAACUGAUCAGAUUUUGUCACCGUUUCGUAAAGUUUAAAUUUUAGCUAUAUAGAUAUCAGUAGAAAUUGAAAGUCUUUUUUAUUAACACUAAAUUUGUUGUUAAACUUAUAUGACGCAUGGCAAUAAGUAAAAAAGUAAUGAUUAGACAGAUUUUUCUUAGUGAAAAGGAAACAAAUUAUAAAUU